CUCCGGGAGCGCGCUUCGCAGCCUCGUGAUUCUGCCGAGUGUCUUUCCUUCUAGAAGGAGGAUCCUUUUUGCCUCUCUGUGCGCCUUCGUGAUCCUCCGACGCUUCAGUGAUCGCUAACGGUCUGAAGAGCGACACGGACAGCUGCGACGGUUUAACAAACGGAAAAAGCAUGGCACCGGUGUUGGGUGUACCACCUCCGCCACCACCUGCUCCUCACAUGGGACCGGACGGCCUGAUCUUGCCCAGAAAACCGUACAACCCCUACCUCAAUUCCAAUAACCAUAAGGAUCUUCGUAGAGAGCUGUUGUUCAAUCAAAAAGUCGGCAGGAGCGUGCUGAAUCAGAAGAGCGAGCUCCAACGGGCGCUGGAGAAGCAUAGGGAAGCUGCCUCGAGAAGGGAGGCUGAAAAAAAUCGGGAAGAAAAUUACAAGGACGAUCCUAGAACCGCGUUACAGAGGGCUAUCGAACAGAGGGCGAAACACAUCGAAAUGACGCUGGAACAGUCGCAACAAACGGUGGAACCGCCCAGCAACCUUUUGAUUACAGCAAGAGCGAAGCUGAGACCGCGUACAGACUCUCAGUGAACCGACCGAGGGGGACAAGAAGAAACGCAGAAACAAAAGGUCGAUCGUGUAACGCGAUAAGGGGACACCGUGGUG